AUACCCGCCCUUUUCCUUUCCGUUUCCCUCCUUCACUUUCCCUCCCAGACUGGAGUCUGAAAACUCUCUCUCUCUCUCAUUCAAAAUCGUUGAACUCGAGGGAAAUUGGAGUUGGAGAUUAAAGGGGAGUGAUCAUUUUGAACGCCAGAGAGAUGUAUGGAAGAAGGGCAUGUCAGCUGAUAAAGGAACUCUCAUCUGCUGAAAAAGGGCAGCUCACUGGUUUCAAUAGUGACAUGUUUGAUCAAGUUGUCAAAGAAUGCAGUACUCAUUACCUUGAACUUCAAUCUUUGAUGAGGAAAAUCCAGGAAGAAGGAAUGGACAUUCAAACAACUAGAAAUGCUGAUCACUUUGGGAUGGUCAUCCACCAUCUUUCUUUAAUGCGCAACAAGCGCUGCCUUAUGGCAUAUGUGUAUAAUCGAGCAGAAAUUAUUAGGAAUUUGAGAUGGAAGAUAGGGCCUGUUCUCCCUCAAGAAAUUCAUGAGAAGCUUAGCUACUCAGAGGAGGAGUAUUUCAAGAAUCAUUCUACAGCUCUAGAAUCAUAUAUGUCCGAACUGGAGCUUGAUUUGACAGUGGAUAUGGUGCCGCCCAAAGAUCCUUACAUCCAGGUGAGAGUCCUUGAUGACAUUGGUGAGGUGUUGCUUAGUGAUCAGUCAGCCAACCUUGCUUGCCACUCAAUGCACUUUCUUAAGCGGAUUGAUGCUGAGCAGUUCAUCUCUCAGGGCUUGAUGGAGGAGCUCACAGACUGACCUAACAGUUGAAAUCUCUCCUUCAGUUGUUUUGAGGGAUUAUCUUGUUUUAGACUAGCAAGAAUUCAGAAUCACAUUGAUGGCAAUUGCUUGCUGGCCUCGUAAGGUACACAUAUUGAGGUUAUUAUAUUGAUAAUCUCUAUGAAAAUUCAAGUGUUGUUACUUGCAAAUGGAGAAUAGCCUCACUAAACUACUUGUCUGGCAUAUGUAAAUUUCUGAUUCCAGUGAUCCAUAGAUGUAAAACUUAGAAACAAAUGCUCUUUUUAUGCUAUAUUGUAGGCAAAGAUGUGUGAAAAUCUAAUGAAAAUGCAACUUCUGGAAGCUUUUGUACCCUUAAA